AUGGAUGGGGGUGAAGGAGGAGUCUCCGAGCUUCUCGCUCGGUUUCGACAGAACAAAACGCGCGAGCUCGCCCCAGCCGAUGCCUCGACGGCUGUAACUUCCAAUCCCUUCAAAGUGCACCUGCGGCACGCUGGCGAGCACCAUGAAGCCCACCCGCCGGAGAAAGAAGAGGAUGAGGAGGAGCGGAAGAAGGAGAAGAAGGAAAAGAAAGAGAAGAAAGAGAAGAAGGAGAAAAAGGAAAAGAAAGAGAAGAAAGACAAGGGGGGUGGAGAAGAGGAGGAGGAUGAGAAGAAAAAGGAGAAGAAGGAGAAGAAGGAGAAGCACAAGGAGGAACUUCAUGCUGCGCAUGAGGAGACAGCGAAAGCAAAGGCAGAGCUGGAGGAGCUGCGAGGGCAGCACGAACGGCUCGAGGCGCUGCUGAAGGAGCUGACGCAGCAGCAGGAAGCCAAGGAUGCGGCGGCGCGUUCAGGAGCGGAAGCAGAGGCGGAAGCUGCAGCGCUGCGGGGGCGACUGAGUGAGGCGCAGGCGGAGGUCAGUGCGGCCCAAGAGAAACUCAGUGCGCUGCAGGAAGAGCUUUCCGCCGUGCAGGGGGAGCUUUCUGCGGCCAAGGAGGAGUUAUCCACCGCGCAGGGGGAGUUGAAUACUGUGCGCGUGCGGCUGGAAGAGGCGCAGGCGGAAGGAGAGGCCCUGCGCAAGGCAGAGGGAGAGAUGAAGGAUGAGGUGGAGAGAGUGAAGGAGGCAGCGACAACAGCGCAGCAGCAGCUGGAGCAGCAGCUGGCAGCAAAAGACGCAGAGAUGCAGCAGCUGCAGGCAGACGUCAAGGAUCUGCAGAAGAAGCUGGAGGAAAGCAGCAAGCAGGCCAUUGACGGGGGAGGGCUGGCAGAGGCGCGUGUGGACGAUGGAGCAGCAGGAGCUGAUUCAACAGCGGCGUUGAAGGCAGCUGAAGCAGAGUUGGCGCGGCUGAGAGAGGAGGUGAGCGACUGGAAGGAGCAUGCGGAGGAGAUGGCUAGGGAGAAGCUGGAGAGGGAGAGCGCAGCAGAAGCUGAGCAAGAGCAGCGGCAGCUCCUGGAGCAACAGCUGCAGGAGGCGAAGCGGGAGGUGGAGGAGCUGCGGCAGCGGAGCCAGGGCGAAACUGAUGCGGAGACAGCAGGUAUCCCGCUGCAGGUGGCAGGUUCAGCUGAAGGGUUGGAUAGAGCAGGGGAGACAGAAGAAAGUUCAGGAGAAGGGGAAGUAAGAGAAGUUUUGAUACCAGGAGGGGUGAAUGAGGCAGGAGGGCUCGGGGAGGGCGCGGAGGCGGAAUGGAGGCGGCGCUUGGAGGAGCUGGAGGGGCAGCUGAGGGCAGCAGAGGCACGCGCGGCCUCUCUGGAAUCAACUGUGGCGGCUGGCGGGGGAGAGGCGCAGGUCAGUGCUGAGCGCACUGGUGACGAUGGUGGGAAGAACGAAGAGGAGAGAGGGGGACGUGUUGAAGAUGGUGAGAGUGCUGACCAGCCUGCGGGUGCAGAAGAAGGAGAGGAUGUGGAGGUGGCAGACGGGGAGGGGGAAGUAGCAGUAGGUGCGGGAGGGUCCACGGAUGCUUUUGAGAUGAAGCCACGUGCAAUCCGUGCAAGUGCGUCUGCAGAAGGUAGGCAGGAGUUAGACCUGGCAGGCGCGAUGGCCCUGGUGGAGGAGCUGGAGAUGGAGCUGGAGGCCGCGCGCGUGGAGGUGCAGCAGCUCAAGGACGCGGGCGACGAGCUGCAGGCCAAGGUGGAGGCGCUGGAGGAGGAGAAGGAGGAGGUGGCGCGCGAACUGGAGAUCACCAGCGAGGACCUCAGGAAGGAGAGGGACCUGGCGGCGGAGGCAGGGCUGGUGGCCGAGGAGGAGUGGCGGAAGAGGCAGGAGGCUGAGCGCGCGAAGAAGGAGCUUGAGAGAGAGCUGGCUAAGAAGGGAGGCAAUGCUGGCACUGGUGGCACCGGUGCCGGUGCUGGGUCUGCAGCACAGGGGGGCCACAAGGAAGGGGAGGACGGGGCGGGGAAGAAGGAAGGUGCGGAGCAUGGCAAGCAGGGGGGUGCUGGGGGUGGAGAUGGGGCAGCAGGCGGACAGGAUGGGGACGAUGGGAUGCACGAGCCGUCCGCAGAGGUGUGUCAGGUGAAUCUGAAGCUGGAGCUGUCGGAGAUGCGUCGCGAGGCACAGGGAAUGCGCCUCAACCUCCACAACUCCAAGCUCGCCCUCACUGCUGCUGAGGCAGAGGUUCUUCGGCUGACGGUGCGUGUGGCGUUUGGGCGCGUGCUGCUGCAGCUGGUGGCACGGUCGCGAGAGAUGCAUGAGGAUGAGCUGAUCAUGGCCACACGCAUGGUGGAGGAGGCCAAGGUGAGGGAGAGCGCAGUGGAGCGCAACCUCUUCUCUCUGCUCAAUGAGAUCGCUCGCCUGAUCAAGGAGCAGCAGAUGCAGGCCAAGAACAACGGCGCCACGUACCUCAAGUAUAAGAUAGGCCCUGCCGAGAUCGAGGUAGUGAAGGAGGACCUGAGGCAGUUGGUGCGGUGGGUGCAGACCAAGGCGACGCUGGCCGAGAAGGGGCGCCAGAAGAACAGGGCUGCACGCGUGGGUGCUGCAGGCGUUGCAGACGCAGCGGCAGCCACCGCAGCUGCGGCGGCCGCUGCCAAUGCUGCAGCGUCGCGUGCAACUGUAGAGGCAGUGAGGCGGGGCGGGGUCGCAGGGUUGGGCGGGGAGAGUGGGCGGGACUCGGUGGUGCAUGGAGGGCCGGAGAUGGUGGUGCAGCUGGAGAGGGAGCUGGAGGAGGCCAAGGCGCGGUCAGAGGAGGCGGAGAAGCUGCAUGCCAUGGUGGAGGGCGUGCGGGAGAAGGAGAGGCGCACGCGCGAGGAGGUGGAGAGGGAGCUGCGCGCGGCACAGGCUAAAGUGGCGGAGGCGGAGAUGAUGGUGCAGCAGGUGGACGCCCUGCGCAACACAGCGUCCGUGCUGGCUGCGGAGCUGACGGAAGAAGUGAAGGAGACCAAGGUGAAGAUGCUGGAGGCGGAGGAGGUGGAGGGGCGCAUCACUGCCCUCGAGGCCACGGAGAAUGUGAUCAAGGCGGAUCUGGAGGUGAAGAGCCUGCGGCUGAGGGAGAUAGACAGGGACUACCCGUACCUCAUGGCGCAGGUGGCGGCAGACGGUGCGCCUGCCAAGCCGCGUGGGUCGAUCUUCUCCCUGGGGCGAAGCUCAGCAGAGGCUGCGGCGGUGGCGGCGGCGUCGGCAGCGGCCAAGGAGAGGAAGCGGCUGCUGGAUGAGAUCCGUGUGAUGCGCGAGCAGCUCAUCUGGACGCAGGGCUCGCUCACCAAGAGCCGUCAGCGCCUGCCUGAGCUCUACCAGGAGGCGAAGGAGUGUCGGCGCAAGGUGGAGGAGAAGGAGAAGGAGCAGAAGCGUGUGCGGCAGUGGCUGGCAGAGCACGAGCCUAUUAUUGCAGCCAACCAGGCCAGACAGGCACAGACCGCCGCUGCUGCUGCUGCCCUUGCCGCCUCGGCUCCUCCUCGCACUGCUCCUGCUCGUGCUUCUGCUCCUGCCCCUGCUCCUACUUCUGCUCCUGCGCCUGCACAUGUUCCUGCUGCUAGUUUGGGCGGGUGGGGUUUCUCUAGUGACUCCAGCCAUAGUGCUGCCAGUGGUGCUGGUGGUGGUAGCGGUGGUGUGUCUCUGCCUGCCAGCUUGGCAAGUGCACGAGUGGUGGUGCCAUCAGCCACGAGCUCUGUGGGCGCUGCUGUGGCCAAUGCUGCUCACGUGGCAGCAGCCAUGGCUGCCGCAGCAGCAGGAGCGGAUGAGGGCCGUGCAAGGAGCAGCAGCACGUGGAGCUGGUGGAAGAAGAAGGAGGAGCCGGAGCAUGUGGAGGAGGAGUUUGAGGAGCCAGCGCGAGAGCAGAUCAUCAUGCUGCCACCGCUCACCAACGACAGUGUGCUCUCCAGUGCCAUUGCCGCCUUUGCCAAAGCCAACAGCACCACCAAGAUUUCCCCUCUUCAAACACCCUCGCCUCCUCCCCCCACUCCGUCUGGUCCACCCCCCAUGGCCCAUGGUAUGCCCCCGCCUGCCCUUCCCACUUCCCCUCCUCAUGCUCCUGCUGUUCCGUCCUCCCCUCCCUCUGCAUCGCCGGUUCCUGCUUCUGGUGCCGAUGGUGGUGCCAUUGACGAUGCUCAUGCGGAGGAUGCUGUUGCUGCUAUUUCUUCAGUUGCUGCUCCUGCGGUUGCGGCUGUUGUUGAAGGGAUGAACGAGGGAGAAGACAUUGAGGGAGAGAAGAAGUGCGAGGAGGAGCAGGUGGAGGAAGAGGAUAGUGAGAAGAAAGAGCAGGGAGAGGUUGUUUUGGCAAGUGAAGGAGAGGUGAAUAAGGGAGCAAGUGAAGGAGAGGGACGCAUUGUAGAGGAAGGGGAGGAAGAAGAGAUGGACGCACAUGGAUGCGAGGGUAACAAGGUGGAGGAGGUGAAGAAGGAGGAGGCUGACAAGGUGGAGGAAAGCGUGGAGAUGGGAAGCAAGGACGAGGAUGCACCAGUGCAAGCGGUAGCAGAGGCAGAGGAGGCAAGCGUGUCAAGCGACUUGGAGCCAGUGGAUAUUGCCUCAGAACAGGCACAACCGCCUCUUGCUGCUGCUGAGGUCACUGUCGCCACGCACACUGCACGUGCUGCUGUCUCGGAGCUGACACGUUCAGAGCAGCAGGAUAGCCAGUGUGAGGAGGCCCCUUCUGCCUCCUUUGCAGCUGUUGAGUCUCCUCCAGGUACUGAUGCUGCUGUUGACAGUGCCGAAGCCAGUGAUACACCCACUGAACGCCAGGAGGACCCAACUCAAGAACACGUGGCGGCAGAAUUGCUCCCAACAGCUGAGCUUAUUGAUUCUGCGGUCAUUGAUGCCUCUGAGGAUGUAGCUGCUGCGGCUGAUGUGGCUGAGUCUAAUGUACAUGAGACAGAGGCAGCUGAUGAGGCGGCAGUACGGGAUGCCCCUGCGUCCAGCACCGCCGAUCUGGACACGGCUACAGCGGGAGAGAGGGAGGUUGUUGGUGAAUCGGCGUUGGGAGGGGAAGAGGGGCAGCAGAUGGGAACACCUAGAAUGGAGGAGGGGCGUGCUGGUGGGAGUGUGCCUGCUGUCACACAGGCAGAGGGGGGUGUAAGCCAAGAUGGGGCAGAGGAGGAGGUUGUAACUCUUAGCGAUGGUCCUUCUCCCCACCUGUCCGUCACACGUGCCUCGUACCGCCAACCCUGCAUUGCAUCCGUCAUCUCCUCUGUCUCUCCUGCCACCUAUCCCCAUUCCCCUCGCAAGUCCUCAGCUCCCCUCCUCCCGUUUAAGCCAAAGCCUUUGCUAAAGCACCCCUGCACCGCCACCGAUCCCCUCCUCGUCCUUCCCGCUCCCCGGGUACCGUCACCUCUCGCCGCACCUUACCCCAUUGCGCACGCUCGUUGCCGGCAGUGGCAGCGCGAAGCAUGCAUGGGUCGGCCGGGGUCAGCCCAGGAGGGUGUGAGGGGAGCAGGAGCAGGGGCGGGAGCAGUAACAGGCGGAGGCGAUGGGGGAGAGAGUGAUGCGGCCGCUGCUGCCGCUGAGCUGGGGGAGCAAGCAGCGGUGGCCGUGGGGCUCAAGCCGCGGGGGCUGCUGCCUCUGGAGCGGUUAGAGUUCAGGGACCUGCUGCGGCGCAAGGGAGCCAUGGCGGGGUACCUGCAGUGCCGCAACAUGGUGCUGACGGCGUGGUACGCGGACGUGUCUCAGUCGCUGCCCCUCGCGACCUUUGGCGUGCCAUGCAUGCCGCUGCCGGGCGAGCCCGCGUGGCAUGGCGUCAUGCGCCACGUGUACACGUUCCUCAAUGACAAGGCCUUCAUCAAUCUCUGCAAGGCUGGAGACCUGCCCGCCUCGCCCGCCCCCUGCUACUGCCACUCUACCCCACUCGCACCAGCAGCACCCCUUGCAGUCAACUCAUCCCCACCACACCUCGCACCAGCAGCACCCAAGCCUCCGACCACCCCGUCUCCAGCAUCACCUGUCCCCCCUUUGCACGGGCGGCGAGUGGUGGUGGUGGGCGCGGGGCCGGCAGGGUUGACAGCAGCGCGGCACCUGGUGCGGCUAGGGGCGCGCGUGGUGGUGCUGGAGGCGAGGGAGCGCGUGGGGGGGCGAGUGCACACAGACUGGACUUCCCUCUCCGUACCCGUGGACCUGGGCGCCAGCAUCAUCACAGGCGCCGCCCCUGACCUACACGACAACCUCCCCCCGGACCUCUCCGCGCUGCUGUGCCAGCAGGCGGGGCUGCCGUGCGUGGUGUUGAGAGAGGCGUGCCCGCUGUAUGACGCGGUGCGAGGGGGCAGGGUAGCAGCUGAUGUGGAUGCGCGCGUGGAGAGGCAGUUCAAUCGCCUGCUGGAUGAUCUCGCGGGGGUGGCGGCGCAGGAGGGGCAGGGCGCUGUGCACAUGUCCAUGGCGCAGGGCGUCAUGCAGACGCUGGGAGAGGCGUUCGGGCGGGAGAAUCUCGUGGGCGUGCAUGGGUCGCUGGCGGAGGGACAGGGGCUGGAGCGGGUGCGGGUGGAGGGGGAGGGGCGUGGUCGGGUGCAGGGGGAGGGUGGUCGGGAGGGGGCGAAGCACGGUGGUGGAAGAGAGGCAUGUGCAGAGGAUUUUGGUGAGAAGAAGAGACGCAGGGAGGGGGCGGGCAGGGGAGGAUUGAAGGGGAUGGUGGCUGAACAGGCGAGCAGGGAUGGCUUGGGUAGCAGGCAGAAGCACGAUGGGGACAGUAAUGGUGGCGGCGGUGGUGCGCUUGAUGCUGCCGUAUGUGGGGGGGGAGCGACGGCACUGAGUAUCAUCACGGGCGGCAAGUGGAACGGCGCUGCUAUGCCUGCUGUGGAUGGCAGUGGUGCUGCAGAGGACGGAGGGGGAGGUUGUGGUGGGCUUGCAGCUAAGGCCGUGGUGGGGAUGAGCGAGGGCGGUGGGGUGAAAGAGGAACAGCUGGAGAGGGCUGUUGGAGGGGUGGAGCAGAUGAGCAGGGAAAAUGAGGCACAGGGGAUGGGAGACGGUGUGGAAGGAAGAAAGGUUGGGAAGGAGGGGGGAGAAGGAAAGGAGGAGGAGGAGGAUGAGGAGGAGGAGGAGGAUGCGGAAGGGAAGUUGGGCAUGGAUGGGGAAGGCAGGAGCGAGUGGGGGGCGGAGAUGAAGAGGGAAAGGACAGGUGGGGAGGGAAGAGUUCAAGAGGAGACAGAUGGAGAGGAGUGUGGGCACGAGGAAACACAAGACGGGCAUGAGACAACACAAGGGGGGCUGGACAUGAAACAAGAGGGGCAGGAGAAUACACACGAGAAGCAGGAGGAAACAAAAGAAGGGCAAGGGAAAGCACAAGAGCGGCACGAGGAAACACAAGAGGGGCAGGAGAAAACACAAGAGAGGCUGGACAUAAAACAAGAAAUGCUGGAGAAAACACAAGAGGGGCAGGAGGAAACACCAGAGGGACAGGAGAGAACACAAGAGAAGCAGGAGAAACCACUGGAGGGACAGGAAGAAACACAAGAAGGGCAGGAGGGCACACAGGAGGAGCAGCAGGCAGCAAAGGAGGGAGCGAGCGCAGCAGUGAUGAGUGCAAGCGAAGCGAGGGGCGUGAUGAGCCAUGUUGGUGAGGGUGGGGCUGAAGCGCCUUGUGUGUUCCCCUCCACACGCCGUGGCGGGGAGAGAGAGGGGCGGCAGGGCGCUGGAGAGGCGUCCACAAAGGGGGAGGAGAGGGAGGGUGGCAUGUGUGACGGUGGCGGGGAUGUGCGGGGUAGCACGGAGGGUGGUUGUCGCAGCGCGGAAGGGUGCGACAGAAUGGUACAAGGCACGAGCGACUCUCCAGAAGGGCUUAGGUGGAUGGGGAAGAGGAAGCGAGCAGGGCUGGAGCCAACGGAAUCAGGACACGUGGCUGCAUUUGGUGGGCAAGGAGGGCAGGAGGCAGUGAGAGUGCGAGGUGUGGUGGUACCGAGUGAGCGGAGCAGCAAGAGGGCGCGGAGGGGCGAGGGGGAGGAGGGCAGGGCGGGUGGUGCAGACGCGGCGGAGGCACCAGGAAGAGGAGCGGGUGUUGUGAGGGAGGCAGGUACAGGGUCGAAGGUGCAAGCGGUCAAACGGGACGACCUGCAGGGGGUAGCGAGUCACGAUGGGGGGGAGGGCGAGGGUGGGGAUGCAGACACGAGUGGGGAGAAUGGGAGGGGUGCAGGGGGCAUGGAGGUUCGGACGAGGGCUCAAGUGAGGCGCGCAGAGAGGCUCAAGGCGGAGCAAGGGGCGUGUGGGGCAGCGAGGGUCCCUGGGGGUGGGGAGCACGGAGGAGCGCGGGUGAGUGGAAGCGACAAGCAGCGGAGGGCAGUGAAGGUAGAUAGUGCAACGGGGCAGGACGUGCACGGGGCGGGGGAGUCUGGGAAGGGAGGAAGGGAUGAGAAUGGAGGUGUGCAGAGUGGGGAGCAGGUGCAGGAGAGGGCGAGGGGGCCUGUGACUCGCGGGCAGAGCAGGGGCACGAUGGAGAGAGAGCAGCGCAGCAGAGAGAGCAGCAGGGAGAGGCAUGGGCAUGGGGAGCAGGGCAGGGAGGCAAUAAAGAGGGGAACGAGUGCGCAGGCAGGGGGGCCAGGAAUUGCUGGCAGGCUCCCCGUUGAACACGCGGCGGAGAGGGGUGUGAAACGGGAGGGAGGAGGGAAGGGGGCGGAGGCGAGGGGCAGCAGCAGCAAGGUGGUGAGGGACGUGCGGAGGCGGUCCAUUGCCGACCUGGUGGCCGUGCUGGAUAGCAAGGAGGAGGGCGCGCUGGGGGAGAGCGGGCAGAGCCUCAAUGGGCGCGACCAGGAGAGGAGGGACGUGGAGCGGCGGGUGCUGGGGUGGCACUUUGCGAACCUCGAGUACGGGUGUGCCACAGACCUCACACGCCUGUCGCUGCCGUUCUGGAACCAGGACGAUGCGUUUGGGGGCUUUGGCGGGCCGCACUGCAUGGUGAAGGGCGGGUUUGCACGCGCCAUGGCGCAGCUGGCUCAGGGCGUGGACGUGCGCCUGGGCCAGCCCGUCACUGAGGUCGCGUGGGGGGAAGAUGAGCGCGCACGGGGUGCUGGGGCUGGCAGGGAGGCGGAUGGGGUGGAGAGAGGGGAGCGCAGAGGGGGUGAGGCGCGGUGUGGGAGUGUGGCCGGAGUGACGGAUGGUUGUGCGCCGUGGGGGUGCUGUGGGGCUCCCACAGAGGCAGUUGCUGACAUGGAGCAAGAGAAGAAGGCGGUAGGCACACAGGAGACACACCCACACACCAACGGACAUGAAGCGGCAACAGCAGGAGUAACAUCCCCAGCAGCGGCAGCAGCAGCAGCAGUGCAUGUCACGACAGCGUCAGGGGAGGUGUUCCCGUGCGAUGCAGCGCUCAUCACAGUACCUCUGGGCUGCCUCAAGGCGGGCGCCGUGGCGUUCUCACCGCCGCUGCCCGCAUGGAAGGCGCGGGCCAUCGAGCGGCUGGGGUUUGGCACGAUCAACAAGGUGAUUCUGGAGUUUGAGCGCGCAUUCUGGGACCCCCAUGUCGACUACUUCGGCGCUGUCGCCCACCCGCACCCCUUGCAGCGUGGCAACUGCUUUCUCUUCUGGAACCUGCAGCGCACCUGCGGUGCUCCUGUGCUGGCGGCGCUCGUUGUGGGGCGCGCUGCGAUGGCCAUGGAGGGCCGUGGGGAGGGGCAUGGACAGGCGGAGGGGAUGGGAGUGGAUGGAGUGGGAAAGGGGAAAGGGGACACUGGAGGUGAGGGGUCGGCGGCACGAGGGAAGGGGAAGGAGGAGAGUGGUGGUGAGGGCGGUGGGAAGAGGGAAGAGGGUGAGCGCACGAGGAGGAGGAGUGCGCGGCUCAGGAGGGCAGAGGGGGGCGGAGGCGGGGAUGAGAGGCAGGGGGAGGGGGACAUGGCGGAAGGGGAGAGGCAGCGGAAGGAGCGGGUGGUGCAGCACGCAGUGCGUGUGCUCAAGACCAUCUUCGGCCGCGGCAACGUGCCCAAACCCAAGGCCACCGCCGUCACCUUCUGGGGCACUGACCCUUACAGCCGCGGAGCAUACUCAUACGUGCCGGUGGGGGCGUCAGGGCGCGACUAUGACCUGCUGGCGCGGCCGGUGCGGGCGCGCGUGUUCUUUGCAGGCGAGGCCACGAGCAGGGAGCACCCCGACACCGUGGGCGGCGCCAUGCUCAGUGGUCGGCGCGAGGCUGUGCGGAUUGCCGGUGUGCUGCAGGGAGAGGGUGAUGUGUGGGAGCAGGCAGAGGCGGCUGCUGCUGCUGUGGCGCAUAGGCAGACGGACGAGGAGCGCGAGGAGGUGCAGUGGGUGCGGGAAGUGCUGGGGGCCGCGGAGAGAGGGGGGAGAGGAGGGGGGCAGUGGGGGGAUGGGGUGGAAAUGAAGGGAGUGGAGGAAGGAGCGGAUGGAGAGAGGGGAGAGGGAAGGGGUGUGGGGGAUGGGGGUGAUGACGAUGGUGGGAUAAGAAGAGGUGGGCGGUUGAGAAGCAAUGGUGAUGCUGAUGGGGAGGAUGCAGGGAAGAAUGCUGGGAGGGAGGGCACAUGGCAUGUGUGGGCGCACCUAGAUAUAGGGCAUAGCGCAUGUGUGCAGGUGGCAGGGGAGGAGAGGACAGGGCAGGAAGAGCCAGGACGUGACACAGGGAAUGGUAGAGGCGCUGAGCAUGUAAGGGUGGAGAGACACGCAUGUGAGAGGGGUGCAGAGGUGUGCGGUGCGGUGGAAGAGGGGGACAGGGCGAGGGUGGCUGGAAAUGCAAACGGAGGUGUUGAGAAGGCCAGCAAUGAAGGGGGGAUUGGGGAGGAGAGGCCGGAGGGGGCGACUGCGGGUUUGCUGAGCGAGCAGCGCGGUUCAGGUGGCAUGGGGAAGGGCGAUGGCGUGGGUGCUGCUGUGCAUGGCGUGCACGCGAAACAGGAGGGGGGCAAGGGACGGGGCGCAAGAGGGGAGAAGGGCGGAGAGGAGGAGAGGGUGUUGAGGAGGCGAGAGACGCAGGGAGAGCUGCGGCGAGGUGCGGCACUGGCUGCUGUGCUGCGCAUGUCUGGUGGACUGCGCAUGGGCAUGGCAGCAGUAGGCAGUUCAGAGCGCCACGGGGAGGGGAGUUGCGCGCAUGGAGUGGGUGUGGAGAGGGAGGGGGGCGUGCACACGGUGGGGGGCCGCGUGUUUGUGUGCCGCGAGCUGCUGCAGCUGCCCAGGAGGGUGCUGGAGGCCGUGGCGGGCAGCAGGGAGGGGCUGGAGCGAAUCAGCGAGUGGAUCGUGGAGUCCCUGCACUGCAGCUCGUCCCAGGUGCUCACUGCCUCUCUGCGCCUGUUGCUUGCUGCUGCCACCUGCCCUCGAUGCGUCCGCUCCUCAGGAGUGGCGGUGUGUGUGCGUGCGCUGCUCACCGUACCACGUGUGGGCAGGGAGGUGCGGUCGCUGGCAGCACGGCUCAUGCGCCUCUGGCACACGCUGGGCCACUUCCCUGCCCCCACCGCUGCUGCUGGGGGGGCCAGCGCUGCACUUGCAGUCACGGGGGAAACGACAACGGGGCGAGAGGGCAACGGCCAGAAGAGGGGUGAGGCAGAGGCAAGAAGUGAUCGGGUGGAGGUGUGUGGAGACGUGGGAGGCGCAGACAUGGGGGUUGGAGGGGGUGGAGCAGGGGCGGGUGAAGCGGGAGAGGCGGAGGGAGAGGCGGCACAAGUGGCAGCGGAGGGGAUGGGAAGCAGUGGUGCAGCAGUGAGAGUGAUUGCGGUGGCAGUGGCAGCUGCAAGACUGGCAGCGGAGGUGAGGGAGGAAGUCAAACAGGCUCUGCUCUCACUUGUGCUCCGAAUUCUCUCUUCUCUACAUCCCUUCAUUGUCCUUUUCCCCUACAGUGCUUUCCCUGUCUUCUCUUGCUGGUGCUUACCUGCCAUGCCCCUCCCAUGGCCCUCUCUGCUGUGCGUGCAGGCCUUGGCAGCAGGUGAAGUGCAGGCAGGCCAGCCACCUAUUGCUACUGCCCACCCGACCCCAGGUGCACCUCGCAGCAGCAGUGCAGCAUCAGCUGGUGCCACAGCAGCAGGUGCAGCAGCAGUGGCACAGGGCAAGCAGCAACAGGUCACUCGGUUGCGCAGCCAACGACAGUCACCCCUGGCAAGUGGGGCGGCUGCACCAGAUGCGUCUGGGGGUGGCAUGGGGGUAAGCAGAUGCAGGGCAUGGCAGCAGAGUAGGGGGGAAUGGGAGGGGGCAGCAAAUGGGCCAGGGCGAGUUAGAGGGAGGGUGAGGGCUGGGGCAUCUGCAUGGGCUUGGGCAAGAGCGAGAGUCGGGGAGGAGGAAAGGAGAUGGGCAGGCCUGGAUGGGAGUCUAAGGACAGGAGACGAGGAAGAAGAGGAGGAGGAGGAAGAAGAAGAAGAAGAGGAAGAGGGGGAGGAGGAAAAGGAGGAGGAGGAGGCAGUCCCAGGGCAGGCGAAUGGGGUGGGAGCAGGCGCACACAAGAGGUUACGGGUGAUACAGGCAGGCGGCACUGCUCUGCCCCGUGGUGGUGGGCUGUCAUGGCAAGCCUGCCAUGUGAAUGGCGGAGAGAGAGGAGUGGCCGACAGUGGGAAUGAGGAGAAGCCGAGGGGCGUGAGUGGGAGUGGUGUGAGAACAAGGUCGCAGGCACAGGCGUGCGUGCAAGCAGUGGACAAGGGGGCGGGUGCAGGGUCACCAGGUGCAGCCGCCUCGGGGGGUGGUGGAAGGGAAUCAUCUAUGCACAGUGGUGGAUCAGGCUUAGGCAAAGGGAUGGUGGGUGUUGGCAAACGCCGGGUUUGUGUGGCUGAGUGCAGAGCAGCUGUUGAAGGGUACGUGGUGUCCCUGGUGGGCCCACUGGGGGAGAAGCAGAUGGUGACACGGCAGCAAGUGAGGGAGAUCAGUCGCAAAGCAACAGACGAGGUGAUGGAGAGUGUCCGAGAAGGGGGCGGUGCCAUGGACCCUGACGCCUGCCUCACUCCGCACCUCAAGUCGACGAUUCGUGACACAGUAGACAAGUACAUGAAGGCAUACAUUGACUCUUCCACAGAAGGCAAAGAAUCAGGUUCGAUCAAGAGGAGAAGUAUACCCUAA